AAAGAAACUAGCGGGAGGGAUAAUCUGGGUGCAUGUGUGGCUGGGCGAGAGGUGGGUAGCUGGUGGCCUGCUGUGCCGUCCGCAUAGGGGAGAUGAGCUCAGGCAGAAAGCGGGGCCGCCAGUUCGGCUCUGAGAAAAUCAUGGCACCAUCAGGAAGAAAAUCCACAGGAAAAACAACCAAAUUAGCACAAGAAGAUUCAGUUGUACAUGUCUAUAACUUUGAAGAUGACCCAAAAAAACAUUUGAGUGGUUCUGACGAGGACAUUAGAGAAGAUGAAGCUCCAGUGAUUGAUAAACAUGGGAAGAAAAGACCUUCAGUAACUUUACCUCAUGCAGGAGUUGAGGAUGAUGUUGGGUAAAUUGCUUUCUCACUCAUUUUUUUUGAUGCACAGCUAUUAUAUUAAAUGUAAUUAUACAUUUAUAAUUACAGCAGUAGAGUUAUAGUAGUCUAUCACAAUCAGAAGUGCAUAUGUAUAAAACUUUUCGUAAGUUUGGUGACAACUUACGAAUAAUUUUCUGUAUAUCAACUCAUACGAUAUUGCAUAGAAAGAUUGUCAGGUCAGUGUAAGAUGGCAUUGCAAAAAUGUGUGCAUGUUUUAAAUAAAGUUUGUCUUUAUUUUACAUAGAAACAAGAAUUUGUUAAAUUACUGGAUUGGAUCAAAAAAUACAAGUAUGAGAAAUUUCAAGCAUUCAGUCUCUCUUUAAACUAAGAAUUGAAUUGGGAAAUUGACUUAUAACCAUCACACAGAGCAGAAUUUAUAAAUCCACAUGCUAAUAGAAUAAGACUAUCAUAUUUGCAAAACUGGAUGGCCAUUAGAUAACAAAAAUUCAGAAAACACCUACUCUUUGCAACCAACAAAUUUUCCUGGGUUUUUCAGACUAGAUAUGCUGAACUCCAUAUUAGAUAUAUUAGAUAUUUUAGCAAUUUAUACCAAAAUAUACAUAGUGCUUGGUUAACGACCACUUAUUCAGUGACCAUUCAAAAUUACAAUGAUGCUGAACAAGUUGUGAUUAUGACUGGCUCUCAAAGUUCUAGCCAUCCCAGCACCCCUGUAGUCACAUGAUUGUGAUUUGGAUGCUUGACAACUGACUUGCACUUAUAUUGCUUCCAUGCUUUGGCAGUUAUGUGAUUGCAAUUUGUGAUCCUCCUUGUUUGCUUCAUACAAACAGGAAGCCAACAAGGAAGGUCACAAGUUGGUCAGAUAAAUCUCCUCACUUACAUGCCAUCCCACUGUCCUGCCUUACUAGCCCACCUGCCCACCCUCCUGGACCCUUGCUGCACUUAUGCUGUGCCUCCCUGGCCACUUGCACGCCUUCCUCCACCUGACAUCAGCCACUUAUCUAUCUCCCAGCCUGCUUGCAAGCCAACAAGACUUGCAGCUUUUUACCAGCUUCCCUUAUGGUUGUUGAAAGCCAGCAGGUAAUGGCAAGGAACUUAUUGCUUAAUGACCUUAAUGCCUAACAGCGCCAGUGGGGGUGGCAGCAAUUGCCUUUUCUAAGUGGUCAUGUGACAUCAUGUUUUAUGACUGUCACUUGAUGGAAAUUCCAACCCUGAUUGCCUUUGUAACACAAGGACUAUCUGUAUAACUUAAUUUAAAAUGUUAAAAUUGCUCUAUAAUGAAGAUAUUUUCAUAGUAAAAAUAGGAAAUACAUCUAUCUGAAUUAAGCGGGAGUUGCUUUUAAAAAAAGAAAUUAUAGAACUGCAACCUGAAAUCCAAAUUUGAUUUGACAAGGAUCCAUUUGUUUUUUGUAUAGUAAAUGAACUAAUAGUAAGCCAAAUAAGAACUAUUGAACUUAUUAAAUAAAGCUUUGCCUCAUCAUCUCUACAAAAUUUGAUUCAG